GCUCAGCAGCACCUGGGCACCGCACCCUUGCGGCGGCAGCGGCCGGGCUCCCCACGCGGUGCCUGCCCUGGCCGGCCCGCUCCGGGGCUGGGCGCGGCUCCGGCUGGGUUUGCAUGUGCUGCCCUCGCCCCAAGCCGGGCGCGGCGAUGGCUCGGGGCCCCGGCUGGCUGGCGGCGGUGGCGGCUGCGCUGCUGCUCCUGGCGCCCGGCUCGGAGGCCGGCUGCGCCGAGCUGGGGCGCUGCUGCCGGGGCAGAGACCUGGCUUGUGUCAGCAGCGGCUGGAGACCGGACCGAUCCCACGGCGUCUGCUACUGCGACCAGGCGUGUCCCCGCACCAUGGACUGCUGCCACGACUACCCGCAGGCCUGCCCAGAGGUCUCCUGUGCUGUAUCCGAGUGGAGUGACUGGAGUGGCUGUGCAGAGCCUUGCCGGGCAACAUAUCGAGUUCGGAGGAGACACGUCGUGCAGGAGCCUAGAAAUGGAGGCGAGGCAUGUCCUCCUCUGGAGGAGAAGGCUGGCUGUGUGGAGUAUUGGAACCAGGAAGGAGCUGAGUGCAAACAGUCCCUUAUUCCAGCAUUAAUAACCACAGGAGGUUAUGGGAAAGCAAGGAAAAAGAGAGCUGCGUCCAGCGAAAAUGAAAGAUCAGGGUAUUGUGUCGAAUUCCAGAUCACAGCCAUCACGGAAGGCUGUUUGCAGGGGAGCAGUUCCUAUACUCAGUGGAUGCGCUAUCUCAGCGAGGGGCACACGGUCUGCGUGGAGUGCCAGCACCCGGCCCUGGAUUCCAGGAGUCUGCAUUGCUACGGGGAUGGCAGUGGAAGCAAAAAGAAUCAGCUGCUGCACUGGCAGGCCAUGGGGAAUCCCCGGUGCAGAGGAACCUGGAGGAGAGUUCGCCAGCUGGACACUUGCUCCUGUCCUUCCGUUCACAGUUUCUUGUUCAUCUAACUCUUCUGAAUUGGCCCAGCGCCUCCAAGCCUGAGUCACGGGAUCGUGGCUUUGGCACAAAGUUUGAAGUAACAACCCCACCCCACCUGCUGAUCAGUCAGUAAAACCCCUCUUGGACUGUUUCAAGGAGGUUGCCACCUGCCAACGCUGAGGCUGAAAACUCCUUCAUAUCCACCCACGCUCUUGGCUCGCUGAAGAAGACAGGCUGACAAAAAAUCUUCAGGCUCUUUGUCCCCACACUUCCUUCCAUGAAUGUCCCCUGUGCUUGAGAGCAGCCAGCCUGAAUUGGGCAGUCAGUCGCCUACUCUACUUCCAAGUCCCUCCUUCCCUGAGACUUGCCAGCGAGAAGCCACCAAAUAAAAGAAUUCAAAAAAGAA